UUUAACUUCUGUUGUCAAUAUCAUGUCACAAACCCAACAAUGACAAACUUGAAAGUCAACAACGGUGGAGAUGGAACAAAGCUUCACGUGGCCAUGUUUCCAUGGUUAGCUUUUGGUCAUAUGGUUCCAUACUUUGAGCUCUCUAAGCUCAUCGCUCAAAAGGGUCACACCGUCUCUUUCAUCUCCACUCCUCGUAACAUCGACCGCCUCCUCCCACGCUUGCCUCAGAAUCUUUCCUCCGCUAUUAACUUCGUCAAGCUCCCGCUUCCCGUCGGCGACAAUAAACUCCCGGAGGACGGCGAAGCCACCACCGACGUGCCUUUUGAACUCGUCUCUUACCUUAAAAUCGCUUUCGACGGGUUGAAAUCUCCGGUGACGGAGUUUCUUGAAUCCUCAAAGCCGGAUUGGGUUCUUCAAGAUUUCGCGGCGUAUUGGCUUCCUCCGGUCUCUCGCCGCCUUGGUAUCAAGACCGGAUUCUUAAGCGCUUUUAACGGCGCGACUCUUGGGAUUCUGAAACCGCCGGGGUUUGAGGAGUACCGUACUUGUCCGGCGGAUUUUAUGAAGCCGCCUAAGUGGGUUCCGUUUGAAACUCCGGUGGCGUUCAAACUAUUCGAGUGCCGGUACAUUUUCCACGGGUUCAUGGCGGAAACCACCGAAGGAAAUGUCCCUGACAUCCACCGUGUCGGCGGCGUGAUCGACGGCUGUGACGCCAUCUUCGUACGGAGCUGUUACGAGUAUGAAGCAGAGUGGUUAGGUAUGAUACAAGAUCUUCACCGGAAACCGGUUAUUCCGGUAGGAGUCUUACCACCUAAACCGGAAGAGAAGUUUGAAGACACCGACACGUGGCUGACUGUAAAAAAAUGGUUGGACUCACGGAAAGCUAAGUCCGUUGUUUACGUAGCUUUCGGUUCAGAAGCUAAACCGAGUCAAACGGAGCUGAACGAGAUCGCUCUCGGUUUAGAGCUUUCCGGUUUACCGUUCUUUUGGGUGUUAAAGACUCGUCGUGGUUCGUGGGAUACCGAACCGACCGAGCUUCCGGAAGGGUUCGAGGAGCGUACGGCAGAUAGAGGAAUGGUGUGGAGAGGUUGGGUUGAGCAGUUGAGAACACUGAGCCAUGAGUCGAUCGGUUUGGUUCUGACUCAUCCCGGUUGGGGAACGAUAAUCGAAGCUAUCCGGUUUGCUAAACCGAUGGCAAUGUUGGUAUUUGUGUUCGACCAAGGAUUGAAUGCUAGAGUCAUAGAGGAGAAGAAGAUUGGGUAUAUGAUCCCUCGGGAUGAGACAGAAGGUUUCUUUACUAAAGAAAGUGUUGCAAAGUCACUGAAACUGGUCAUGGAGGAAGAGGAAGGGAAGGUUUAUAGAGAGAAUGUGAAGGAGAUGAAGGGAGUGUUUGGAGACAUGGAUAGACAAGAUCUUUAUGUGGACUCGUUCUUGGAUUAUCUUGUUGCUCAUCGUUGAAUUUGCUCAUGAGGUUUUGAUCCUAUUUGAAAGAACUUGUGUUAGUUAAUAAGAAUCGAAUUUGAUGAUCAAGUGUUGUAACGAUGAUCAAUGUGUUUUGAAAUGGUCUAAGUUUUUGUAUAAGUACCUAACCAAGGAUGGUCUUAA